CUGAAUUUUGCAUCCGAUUGCAAAUACCAGAGGGAACUAACAGUACGAUUUCGUUAUCUGUGGUCGGCUCUAUGAGUGACGACCCCAACACUGCGACUGCUGCACCCUAAAAACUACUUGUAAUAUCAAAUUAAUAUUUUUAUUGAAUUGAUUCAUUUGAUAGUUGGUAUUAAUAUUUUAGAGAUUUGUAUAAUGUUUCUGAUAAUUAGUGUCAAUAUCGUCCAUUACUGAAAAGCGUAUAUAAAAUAAAAUUACUUGUUAGUUUGGGAUUUCUUGUGUUUGGUUGUAGCCAGAAUGUCUACCAACUACACAGACUCUGUGAAUAAGUUUGGCAAAGAUGCUGCUCGGGCUGCGUGUAAGAAGUGCGGUUACGUUGGGCACCUUACAUUCCAAUGCAGGAACUUUUUAAAGGUCGAUCCUAAUAAAGAGAUUGUGCUGGAUGUUAGCAGUACGAGCAGUGGUACUGAGGAGGAGGACAUUGCUACACCACUGCAGCGGCUCCAAAAAGCAGAACAGCGACAGAAGUUGCAAGAGAAGCUGCAGAAAGCCAAGAGGAAGAAGAAUAGCAAAAGUAAAAAGAGGAGGAUGUCUCGGUCACCUAGCACCUCUUCAACAACUUGUUCCACCUCAACAACCAGUACAUCUACAUCAUCUACAUCCAGCAGCGAUUCAGAGAAAGAAAGCAGGAAAAGGAAACACAAGAAACAAUCUAAGAACACUCAUUCAAAGAGGGCUCUGGUCUAAUCAGCAAAUGCUUCUCAGUCAACAUUGUUUUAACAGCUUUGAAAAUCUAUGACUGUCCAUCAUUCAAUUUCAAAUAUUAUUGUAGGUACAUGUCCUUAAAAAAAAAGAACAGCAAAAUACCACUUAUUGUGACUUGCUGUAAGACUUACAAAUGUCAUUUCUGACUCAUUACUUACAGUGUCAGAAAUGAACUAAUGUCAGAAAUGAUAUUAGUUACACCUUAGUUUGUAAGUAAUUAUGAAUUGAGUAUUAUUAUUAUACAAAUGAUAUUAGUCAUUCUUAACUCUCAAUUCAAAAAUGGGGUAUAAAUAUUAUAAGUUUAACAUGGGUCUGUGUAUUCUAGUCAUUUUUAAAUUGAAAAGAAAAAAUGUAUUACUUUAUUAUUUCUGUGAUAAAAAAUCGACUAAUUAUUUUUUAAUGGUAAUAACCUACAAUCACCUUUUAAAAUAUUGGUGAACUUUUAGUUUUUAAUAUCCACAAUCAGCCCAUCAAUCGACAAUGGUUUUAUUACACCAUAAAUUAUUAUUUAUUUCAUUAAUAAUCUACAUGUAAUUAAUUAAUCAUAAAUUAAUGUGUUGUGUGACUAUAUACAAAAGAAAAUUAAUGACUUCUCAUUCAUAUUAUAUUUAACAAUUUUAAUGAUAAGGAAGUGUUUAAUGUGUAAUUGAUAAAAGAAAACACAUUCAAGUAAGUGUCUAUAAUGUAAUGGCUAAAUAUAAAAUAUAUCUAUAUACAACAACAACAACUGAUUUACCUUUACUAGGAACUGAGAUAUAACUUUACAUAACAUAAUAUAGAUUACAUAGGUAUGUAUGAUAUAUGACAUAUUUCAUAUAAACAUAAGUAACGAUUGUAGUUUGGUAUCUUAACCACCUCUCUGAAUGUUAUAUGUUGGUUGAUGUGAUUUGUAGCCUUAAUAAAACUAUUCACAUCUCUGGUAAAUGUUUCUCAAUCCAAUCCUUGAUGAGCCUGACUCCUCGUCUGUUUAACGAGUGUCCCAAUCUCUCCAUUAUAUGGAACUCUCCUUGCACACCAUGUUCCUUGAGUAAAUUAAAUGUAUCCUUCGCCCAUGACAAAUCUACCAAGUCAUCAAUAUCACCGUGUAUUUGAAGUAAAGGUGGCAAUUUCAUUCCUUUUACUUGUUUGACUUCAUCAUACACACAUGAAUUAUCGUUUAAAAAUGAGCUGAAGGCAAAUGCUGCAGCUAUGUUACGAUCCCAUCUAUAAGCAGAAUGCAAAGCAAGUGCGCCACCCAUUGAAAAACCACCAAUUAUUAUUCUGUUACUAGGAAUUCCAGCAUCAUUUUCUUUUUUUAUGAGAUUUUUUACUUCUGUUUCUAUUUGUGCUAUAGAUUGUAACUUUUCUGGCACAUUAAUAUUUAUAUCAGCCCGAUCAAACCAAACAUUACUCAUUUGUCCACCUGCAGGAGUGUAUGCCUGCAGUGGUGCAGUUGGAUACAAUACUUUAAUAUGUGGAAAUGAAAAAUUUGCCACCAUGAGUCUCACCCAUUCUUUCAUAUCAGCACCACAGGAUCCUGAACCAUGGAAAAAGAUAACUGUUCCUGUAUGUUUCUGCCCGGUACAUUGGGUCAAAUGUAAGGCACCAAGUCUUGACAUCUUAGUUUGUGUUUGAUAUUAAUUUUGAUCAGACUGUAGUAUGAUUUAUAGGGAAUAAAAUAGGUUACUUUUUAUUUCGUUUCUUUCAGGAAUUCAGCCAAUUAUUCAAGAUCGAUUUAGGACAUGGAAGAAGUCACGUAUACAGUUUGUCUAUUUAUUAACUUCCCCUUACUGUUUAUUAUUAAUGAAAAAAAUGUUUGAGGAACUAUAACUAUCUCUAAAGAGUUAAUCGUCACAUAAUAAAAAAAGAAUAACUGUAACUCUGUUAGCUGACUGACAGCUGCCAAGCUGUCAUUGCCAUUGCCAUGCCAUGUAGUGAGGAGGGA